AUGGAGAGUAGUUCUGGAUCAGCUCCAACAACUUCUUAUGCACCUUCAUCAACUAGUAAAAUGAGAAAAAAUGAUAGUGGGGCCAGAACUGAUCCUGGUUGGCUACAUGGUUUAGAUAUGCAUGAUCGGAAAGUCAAGUGUAAAUUUUGUAACUCUGUAUGCUCUGGUGGGAUUUUCAGAUUCAAACACCACUUAGCUCGCACACGUAAUAAUGUCGCGCAUUGUGAUAAAGUUCCCGAAAAUGUUAUGCUCGAAUUUUGUCGGUUAUUGGAAGAGAAUGAUAUGGUAACAAAGAAAAAGAGAGGUGCAUUUUCAGCCAGUGAAGAUGAUGAGGUCUAUGAGAGGCAAGCAAGAGGAAAUAACUUGGAAAAAAAUGUGACAAAAAAAGGAAAGGUUCAAAGCACAAUGAAUUCUAUUUUCAAGAAGGAAGAACGUGAAAGAGUUUGCCAACAAAUUGCAAGGUCACGACUAAUUUGCUUGUUGAAAGAGUUUACAAAAGGGAAAGAGCUCCUUAGGCCUGGAGCAACUAGAUUUACCACAUCUUAUCUUACACUUGGUCGCUUGUUUGAGUUGAAAAGUGCAUUGAUCUCGUUUUUUGUAUUUGGAAAAUGGUUGUCUACUAACUAUGCAAGGAAUGACACCGGAAAGGAUGUUGAGGAUAUAGCUAUGGACACUGCAGGAUUUUGGUCAUCAGUUAUCACAUGCCUUAGGGCCGCGAAACCCUUAAUGAAGGUUCUUCGAUUGGUUGAUUCAGUUUCUAAACCAGCUAUGGUUUUCAUUUACCAAGCCAUGGUAAAUGCAAAGAAGGAAAUUAAAGCAAACUUCAAAGAUAACCAAACAAGGUAUGGACCUAUUUAUGAUAUCAUUGAUGAUAGAUGGUAUAAUCAAAAUGAAUAG